AAAAAAAGGAGAUAAAACACAAUUCAGAUCGAAGAAGAAGAAGCAAAAAUGGAGAAGAUCUGCGUCGCCGUUCGACUUCGACCUCCAGUUUCCGAAGACUCCUCUAAUGGAAGCUUCUGGAAGGUCGAAGAGAAUCGUGUUUCGCUUCACAGGAUUCAUGGCACACCGCUCUCUAACACUUCUUAUGCUUUCGAUCACGUGUUCGACGAAACUAGCACCAAUGCUAGCGUCUACGAGCUGCUCACCAAGGAUAUAAUUCAUGCUGCGCUCGAUGGCUUCAAUGGAACUGCAUUUGCUUAUGGGCAGACCAGCAGUGGCAAGACAUUCACCAUGAAUGGGUCGGAAAACGAUCCAGGAAUAAUUCCUCGGGCUGUCAAAGAUAUAUUUGCAAAAAUUGAGACGAUGUCUGAUCGUGAGUUUCUGAUUCGAGUGUCCUACAUGGAGAUCUAUAAUGAAGAAAUUAAUGACCUUCUAGUUGUUGAAAAUCAGAAAUUGCAAAUUCAUGAGAGUUUGGAGCGUGGAGUAUUUGUUGCAGGGCUCCGGGAGGAGAUAGUAAACAAUGCCGAACAAGUAUUAAAUUUAAUUAAUUCAGGGGAAGUUAACAGGCACUUUGGUGAAACAAAUAUGAACGCUAGGAGUAGCAGAUCGCAUACAAUAUUUAGAAUGGUGAUUGAAAGCAAAGGGAAGGAGUUCAACUCUUAUGAUGAUUUAUCAGUUAACGACAUUGUUCGAGUAUCAGUCUUGAACUUAGUCGACUUAGCUGGCUCGGAAAGGAUUGCUAAGACUGGAGCUGAUGGAGUACGUUUGAAAGAAGGAAAAUAUAUUAACAAGAGCUUAAUGGUUUUGGGAAAUGUUAUCAACAAAUUAAGUGACGGUUCAAAGCAACGGGGCCAUAUCCCGUAUCGUGAUAGUAAAUUAACUCGGAUACUACAACCUGCUCUUGGUGGCAACGCCAAAACUUCCAUUAUUUGUACCUUAGCACCAGAAGAGAUUCAUAUUGAAGAAACAAGAGGGACUCUUCAGUUUGCUAGUAGAGCCAAACGUAUCACCAACUGUGUUCAAGUGAAUGAGAUCCUGACAGAUGCAGCCUUGUUAAAGCGACAACAGCUAGAAAUAGAGGAGCUACGUAAGAAACUUCAGGGAUCCCAUGCAGAAGUGCUCGAGCAAGAGAUUCUUAAACUCAGGAACGAUUUGCUCAAGUAUGAGAUGGAGCGUGGGAAGCUUGAAAUGGAACUUGAAGAGGAGAGGAAGUCACGGAAUCAAUGGAUUAGGGAUCAACAACAGUUGAAAAUGGAAAAUUCCAGUACUAGGUCCUUCUCGGACUGUAACACGAAUGGAAGUCAGGGAUUUCUGAGGCACAAAUUUGAAGAAUGCAACGAUAUCAAUAGUGCUUCUCAAGGAGAUAUCUUCAAAUCUCCAUGUUUAAAGACAAAUCCCAGUGCUUUUGUCGCCAAGCGAUCAAAGCAUUGUACAUUAUCUGAUUACAGCCCUCUUCCAGAUGCUUUCAGCAAUGUGGCUGAUGAAGAUCUGUGGCUGAAAAUGAACAAUGGUUAUGUUGCAGACCUUGAUUCACUUCAAACUACUCCCACUCGAAAAGUUCAAUCAUUCCCAUCAACUGAUACAACUCCUGUUUGUACAAGUCAGAAUGAAAAGUAUGAUCGUGAGGUUCAAGAUUUGAGGAGACAACUGGAAAUUGCUAAUGAAAAGAUCAAUGAACUCAAGAGAAAGCAUUCUGACGAAGUACCAUUGAGCAAGCAACUAAUGGGUGAGACGCUGGUAUAUCGACAAGAAACACAACUACUUCAAGAAUUGCCUCUGAGGUUAUCUGAAUCUGUGAAGAACUUCAAAAACAGCUAUGAGCAAGUUUUGUCAGUGAUGCAGCAAUGUGCAUCUAGUGGCAAAUUAUCAACUGCAAAUAUGCUUUCAACCAUGAGUGAAAUUAGUGCACAACUAUUUUCAAAUUUGGAAGCUUCCUUUGAAGUGACGAUGGAUGGUGAAAGGUUGUGCCAUGGGAAUUAUGCUCCAAUGCAUGAACAACAAAGAAUGUUUCAAGAAAAGGUGAACAAUAUCAUUACAUCGUUGGAGUCAUCAGAAAGCUCAACAACAGAAGAGCAGGAGAGGAGCCCUUCGUGCACCUGUGAACACAAGGGCUCUGAUUUGGGAGGAGAAACUGCUUAUUCAAAGGAGGUUUUAAAUGAAAGAUAUGACAGCCUGGAAAAGGAGUUUCUACUCUUGAAGGAUGAAAGAGACUCUUUGCUCCAGAUGUUCUCUGAAUCAUCCCAGAAACUUGCAAUGGUUUCAAGCCAAAAGGAAAAUGCUUUGAAAGAUUUAAAUACUGAAGUACAGAGAAGGAAUAAUCUAGAAGGGGAUCUUAAGCAGUUUACUUCAGCUUUUGCUUGUCGUCAGAAAUCACUCAUUUCCUUCCAUAGUGAAUUUAAGACUCAGAUUGAGAAAUUAAGAGCCCAAACUUUAAGCUCGGUGCCUAAGUCUGUUGAUUGUCAAGAUUAGAGGAUGUUGUAACUUAUGUAGGACUUCGCUACCUUAGUGUCUUGUAUAUCAUCUACUCAACUUUUUAUACAUUUCUCCACAUUGAUUUGCUUCUGCUCUUUGGAAUGUUCUCCACUUAGAGUUGAGAUUGACAUGAAUAGUUCUUAGGUGUUUUAGAAAUGUUGCUAUGUAUCUUUAAAUGUAGUUAAAAGUGAGUGGUCUGAAUACCAAUCAUGAUAUGUUGGACUAGU